GAGAGAAAUUUCUCUGAAGUCUGAACCAUUGAAGACUAGAGAAAGUGAGAGAAGAAGAUGAGUGCAGCUUUCAUGGAAUCUAAUAUCUUCUCUACCAUCUUACGAGCAUUAUGCUCAUUAUUUGUAAUGGCAUUGGUAUUCCAAUUGGUGGAAUUUGCGGUAAAAGUAUGGUGGAUUCCUCUUACAGUUUCAAAGUUUAUGGAGAAACAGGGGAUUAGAGGUCCCCCAUACAAAUUCCUCCAUGGAAACAACAAAGAAGUUGGGCUGAUGAUAAUGGAGUCAACUGCAAAACCCAUGAAUUUUUCUCAUGAUAUUUGUCCUCGAGUUCAGCCUCAUUUGUAUUCUUGGAUCAAAAUCCAUGGGAGUGUUUUUCUUUGCUGGUUGGGCCCAAAACCACAGCUAAUAGUCACUGAUCCAGAGCUCAUACGAGAGAUUCUUAAGAAUAAAAACGGUGACUUCCAAAAACCAAAGAAGAAUUCAAUUGUCAAAAGGCUAGUUGGAGAUGGCCUUGUAUCGGCAAAUGGAGAGAAAUGGGUUCGCCAACGUAAGCUCGCCAACAAAGCCUUCAAUGGAGGAUCCCUUAAAGGUGCGGUUUUGGAAAUGGCAAAAAGUGUUGAAGAAAUGUUAGGCAGAUGGAGAGAUUACGAUGGGCGAGAUACCGAAAUUUCCAGUGAAUUUCGGGUUUUGACAUUGGACGUUAUUUCGAGGACAGCAUUCGGAAGCAGUUAUGUAGAAGGAAAAAAUACGUUCGAUUUGUUAGCAACGUUGGGAAAGAUAGUAGCUUCAAAUAUCCGGAAAAUUAAAUUUCCGGGUAGUGGACUUAUUCCAUCUAGGGAUGAAGUAGAAGCCAAACUACUAGACCAACAAAUCACGAGGUCAAUUAUGAAAAUGAUUGAAGCAAGACAGGAAAAAUUGACGAAUGAAGAUGCAAAUGGUUACGGUGAUGACUAUUUUGGAAUGUUGCUACAAUCACAAGCGAAUUCCAAGAUAUCAAUGCAAGACAUAGUGGAUGAAUGCAAGACCUUCUAUCUUGCUGGUCACGAGACUACCAGUGCGCUACUCACAUGGACCGCUGUUCUGUUGGCCAUGCACCCGGAGUGGCAAGAGAGGGCAAGGAAAGAAGUUAUACAAGUUCUUUGUUCCAACACACCUUCUAUCGAUGGCCUUGCCCAACUUAAAAUAAUGAAUAUGAUAAUCAAUGAGUCUCUGAGACUCUACCCGCCAAUUCAACAUCAAAACAAGGUAUCAACAAAGAAGGCAAGAGUGGGGAAAUAUACCAUCCCCUCAGGAAUGGAGCUAGUGGUGCCAAUUUUAACAGUACACCAUGAUCCAUCACAAUGGGGAGAAGAUGUAAACCUUUUCAAUCCUGACCGUUUUGCACAAGGGGUGAUGAAUGCUGCCUCAACUCAAGUGUCCUUUAUACCAUUUGGCCAUGGCCCUCGCAUAUGUGUAGGCUUAAACUUUGCCACACUAGAGGCCAAAGUGGCUCUCUCUAUGAUUCUUAGACGUUAUACUUUCACACUCUCUCCAUCUUAUCAGCAUGCUCCUAUUCAUAGGAUCACAAUGGUUCCUCAACAUGGAGCUCAAAUCAUCAUCCAUUCCCUGUAA